UGGUGCAGAGUGAGGCAGGUGGGCGUGGCGUUGGACAGGCAGGGGAAGCAACAGUGUGAGGCAGGGAGGGAGGAGGGAGCAGGCGUACGGGGAGCCAUAGCGUGUCCGUCCCCCUAUACACCGCAGCGGUACCAGAGACACGGCCUCCUCCUCCUCCCGCGGCUUGACUGAAUGAGAGGAGAGACCCCUCAACUCAGCCACAUCCAGGAAGGAGUCCUGCCAGUUUCAGCCGGAGCCGCGCCGAGUCCACAAGCAGAAAAUGGACGGAUUCGCCGGCAGCUUGGAUGACAGUGUUUCUGCUGCGAGUACCUCGGAUGUUCAAGACCGCCUGUCUGCCUUGGAGCUAAGAGUUCAGCAGCAAGAAGAUGAAAUCACUGUGCUUAAAGCAGCCCUGGCCGAUGUCCUCCGGCGCCUGGCCAUAUCCGAAGAUCAAGUGGCCACUGUAAGAAAAGCUGUACCCAGCAAAGGCCCAGCCACGAUGCGUGAAGCCCUGUCUAUGUCUUGCAUUACAAAUGGAGGUGCUGGCACCAGGAAACCAAGCCAUAUUACAUCUGUCGCUAAAAAGGAUACACUGUCAUCAGCCGCCAAAAGCGGCUCAGAGAAAAGGAAAGAGAAACCCCAAGGAAUGAGAGAGAGAGAGGAAUCUCAUGCACAUGAUCAAAAUCUGCACAAUCCAUUAAAUCAAGCGUCCCCUUCUCCCCAGCCUUCCCCUCAGCCAGCCCAGACACACAGGCAAAAUCAGGAAAGCAAGAACCCUGCGUCAGCAAAAAGCGUAAAAAGAAGCUCCACCAUAGAGAAGUCACACAAUUCCUGGGAUGCUUCCGAGGAGAGCCGCAAUAAACUCAUGAGAGCUGCUUCUACGUCCAAAUUAACAUCCAAAGUUGCCAAAGCCACAGACAAGCAUAAAGAUAUUGUCAUCAGCCCAGCAAAAAUGUCCACAAGAGAAAAAAACAGCCAAGAAGGAGAAUACAUAAAGAUGUUCAUGCGAGGCCGACCAAUCACAAUGUUCAUUCCUUCGGACGUGGAAAAUUACGAUGACAUCAGGACAGAACUCCCGCCUGAAAAGUUAAAAUUGGAGUGGGUAUUUGGUUACCGGGGAAGAGACUGCCGAGCCAACGUGUACCUCUUGCCUACAGGAGAGAUUGUAUAUUUCAUUGCGUCCGUAGUGGUGCUGUUCAAUUACGAGGAGAGGACUCAGCGGCACUAUCUCGGCCACACGGACUGCGUUAAAUGCAUUGCAGUACAUCCAGAUAAAAUUAGGAUUGCAACAGGACAGAUCGCUGGGGUGGACAAGGAUGGAAGACCUCUGCAGCCUCAUGUUAGAGUCUGGGACUCUGUAAGCCUCUCCACACUCCAGGUGAUUGGCCUCGGCACGUUCGAACGCGGCGUUGGUUGUUUGGCCUUUUCAAAAGCAGAUUCCGGGGUGCAUUUGUCUGUAAUAGAUGACUCCAAUGAGCAUAUGCUGACAGUCUGGGACUGGCAGAAAAAGUCUAAAAUAGCUGAAAUCAAGACAACAAAUGAAGUUGUGCUCACUGUUGAAUUCCAUCCGACUGAUGCCUGCACUAUAGUGACGUGUGGCAAGUCUCACAUCUUCUUCUGGACUUGGAGCGGCAAUUCUCUAGCAAGAAAGCAGGGCAUAUUUGGGAAAUACGAGAAACCAAAGUUUGUGCAGUGCUUAGCGUUCCUUGCAAACGGAGAUGUCCUUGCCGGAGAUUCUGGUGGGGUGAUGCUCAUAUGGAGCAAAACCACUGUAGAAUCCACUGCUUCCAAAGGUGCAAAAGUUUUAGGCGUCUACCAAAUAAGCAGGCAAAUCAAAGCUCAUGAUGGCAGUGUGUUCACACUUUGCCAAAUGAGAAAUGGGAUGCUGCUUACUGGAGGCGGAAAGGACCGGAAAGUCAUCAUGUGGGAUCAUGACCUUAAUCCAGAAAGAGAAAUAGAGGUUCCUGACCAAUAUGGCACCAUCCGAGCCGUGGCUGAAGGUAAAGGUGAUCAGUUUUUAAUCGGAACAUCACGGAACUUCAUUCUGCGAGGGACGUUUAACGAUGGCUUCCAAGUAGAAGUUCAGGGUCACACCGAUGAACUUUGGGGUCUGGCGACUCAUCCAUUUAAAGACUUGCUCUUAACAUGCGCUCAAGAUAAGCAAGUUUGCUUGUGGAACUCGGUGGACCACUCCUUGGAAUGGACCAGGGUCUUAGACGAACCGGGGCACUGUGCUGAUUUCCACCCCACUGGAACCGUCGUAGCCAUUGGGACACAUUCUGGAAGAUGGUUUGUUCUGGAUGCAGAGACGAGAGACCUGGUAUCCAUACAUACAGACGGCAAUGAGCAGCUCUCGGUCAUGCGAUACUCCGUCGAUGGCGCGCUGCUUGCUGUGGGCUCACAUGACAACUUCAUUUACCUCUACAAUGUCUCAGAGAAUGGGAGAAAGUAUAGCAGAUAUGGAAAGUGCACUGGUCAUUCCAGUUAUAUCACACAUCUUGACUGGUCCCCAGAUAAUCAGUACAUCAUGUCUAACUCAGGCGACUAUGAAAUAUUAUACUGGGACAUUCCAAGUGGCUGUAAACUGAUCCGGAAUCGUUCAGACUGCAAAGAUAUCAACUGGGCAACUUACACGUGUGUGCUAGGAUUUCAGGUGUUUGGCGUAUGGCCGGAGGGCUCUGAUGGAACAGACAUUAAUGCGCUGGUGCGAUCCCAUAAUAGGAAAGUCAUUGCUCUGGCGGAUGAUUUUUGCAAAGUCCACUUAUUUCAGUAUCCCUGUUCCAAACCAAAGGCUCCAAGUCACAAGUACAGCGCUCACAGUAGCCACGUCACCAACGUCAGCUUCACGCAUAAAGACAGCCACUUGAUUUCCACAGGAGGGAAGGACAUGAGUAUCAUGCAGUGGAGACUCAUAGAAAAAGUCUCCCACUCUCAGAAUGACAAUAUUGUGGAAAGCAGCAGUGCGGUCAAUUCGCCGGUUGUAACCGAGAAACCACUGCAGCCCAACACUCCCACCAAUUUGCCCCAAGCUGUAAACGAGGUGCCCAAGGAGGAUGAUAAAACCCCAGCCGAGUCACCAGUGCCAGCAGAGGACGCCCUCGAGCAGCCCGAGGAGCUAAAUGAGGUUCAGAGCGAAAAGUGCAGUUCCCAGCCUGAAGGGGCAAAUGGCCAAGAGCCCUCAAAUGAAGUGAGUGAGGAUCCCACUGACUCGGCCGCCAUCAACAAUACCCCAGAAGAUGCCCAGGAUGAGAACCAGGAUGAUAGUUCACCAUUGUCUUAACAAUGUUAAUUACGAUGGUACUUUUAUAUGUGUAACCUGGUGAUUGUGCUUUUUUUAAUGGGAAGAGGGUUUUACUAGCGCGAGAGAGUAUGGCUGGCAGUGAGUGCUACUACAUCCGUCUGCGUCGCCAGUUCCAACUGUCCCUUGGAAUCAAAUGGCCACGUGUCCAAACUAGCCAAAGGUGGAAGUGAGGCGGAGCCAUAGAUUAGAGGUUCUGCGACUGAUAAAAAAAAAGAAAAAAAAAAAGGGUUUGUUGUACAUAUUUUGUUGGGUCGAUGAAUCGUAAAAACACAAAAUACAGAAUGUUGCAUAAUAAAAUACAUUUUGUUGGUAAUGGCAGUGUCUAGAUGCAUAUACAUACAGGCCAAAGGCUACACCGAGGGAAAAGGAUAGAGAAUAUGGUAUUUUGUGGCACUACGGUGGUCAACUUAUUAUAUGCAAUUUCCUACGGACCUACAGUUGCCCUAUCUGCUGCUGCGGCUCUUUAAGGACUGUUUGUAACAUCUACAACAUCUGGCAGCAUGGCUAACAGCAUAAACACUGUGAUCUAGCUUUAUCCUGACCAAGAAAGGGGAUUCCCAUUCACCGACAUCCCAUCGAUACGACUUUCAUUUUAUAAACUGGAGAGAACGUCAUUGCGCAAGUGCAGCUUUGCCUACAGCCAAUGGCG